AUGAUCAAUCGGUCAUCGGAGUGUUUUGAUAACAUAGAUGACCAAUUUUCUUUAAAAUGGAACAACUUUCAGUCAAAUCUGGCGACAGGUUUUCACGAUCUUUUACAAGAAGAAACUAUGGUGGAUGUCACAUUAGCCGCCGAAGGAAAAAUAUUACACGCCCAUAAAAUAAUAUUAUCAGUUUGCAGUCCCUAUUUUAAAGAUCUCUUUAAAGUUAACCCGUGCCAGCAUCCCAUAGUCAUAUUAAAAGAUGUUGGGCACCAAGAAAUGGCUGAUAUGUUAGACUUUAUGUAUAGGGGAGAAGCCAAUGUUCGGCAAGAAGACUUAGCAGCAUUUUUAAAGUUGGCAGAAACUUUAAAAGUAAAAGGCUUAGCGGGAGACAGAGCUGAGGAUGAUGACAUUCCUCCACCAUCUUCACAAGCUUCUAGAAAGUCAUCUGCACCACAAGUUCCUAAAAAGAAAAAAGUAAUAGAAACUUCAGUAUUUGAAUCUGAUGACCAUGAUCCCGGAGACACUGAUCUAAAUUCUGGGGGAGGAGAACCCAGAAGAAAAAAGCGAAGAGCACCUUCUCCUAAGACUGAAUCUGUGAUGCCAUCCCCUAGUAGUUCAAGUGCCCAACCCUUCCCUUUAGCAAAUCCAAAGCAAGAAAUCCCAGAUCCAGAAGAAAUACAAUUAAUAGAUGAGAAUGAUGAUGUAAAUGACCCUUUAGUACAAUUAAUAGCAGGACAGGGAGCGAAACAGGAGCAAGAUCACCACCACCACCACCAGGAAUUUGAUGAUUCUAAUUUUGAAAACACAUUAGAAGACCCAGGUAAUUAA